AUGGAUACUUGUCAGUAUAACGAAAACACAAGUGACAUCUCUUCGAAUCUCUCGGAAUCUUACACUGACCAAUCAAUUGAUGGACCUGUGAAACUUUUUGUCGGUCAAGUACCUCGGACAAUGGAAGAAGACGAUCUACGUCCCGUUCUUGAAGUUUAUGGUCCACUUGAAGAUCUCGUAAUCAUUCGAGACAAGAUCACUGGUGCCCAUCGUGGUUGUGCUUUUGCUUCGUACUUUACACGUGAUGCCGCUGAAAAAGCUGUACAGGAACUGCAUAAUAAGAUUACACUGCCUCAGAGUAUCAAUCCAUUGCAGGUUCGACCGGCUGAAGGACAGGCAGGUGCAUCACAGGAACAUAAGUUGUUUAUCGGUAUGAUUCCAAAAACAGCCGAAGAAUCUGCCAUUCGUGAGGUCUUUGAGCUCUUUGGGAACAUUGAGGAAGUCUAUAUCCUUCGUCAUCCCGCUACAGGACAAAGCAAAGGUUGUGCCUUUUUGAAAUUCAAGGAACGCUCGUCAGCGCUUGCUGCUAUUGAACAAGUUAAUGGAAAUGUUACCAUGGAUCGUGGCACGUCGCCACUUGUGGUGAAAUUUGCUGACAGUCGUCGACAGCGUCUCCAGCGCGCACGGAAUUUGGCAGCGGCGGCAAACGCCUACUGGCCGCUGCCUCCUGGAGCUGGUAUGGCUUUUCCGCAACUGCAACAGUUGCAGCAGCAAUACAUGCAACAGAUGCAGGCUUUCGGAGUACAGGCAGCUGCAGGAUUGAACCCGGCAAUUGCUGGUCUUAAUUCGCCUGUUGGAUCGACCGGUGGCAUGGGAAGUCCCACAAACUCGUUCAUGUACUACAAUCCAUAUGGAUUCGCUACUGGCGCGGCUGGCCCGUACGGAUUCGGCGGAAUGCCGAAUGUAGGUGGUGGUGCUGGCCUCGACAUGCAGUCGAGUGGCAUGGUUGUUGGGAUGGACAUGCCGAACCAGAGUGCGGAAGCCAAGGCUUCACGUACGACCAGCCAGCUCGAAGGUCCUACAGGCGCUAAUCUGUUCAUUUACCACUUGCCACACGACUUGACGGACGCUGAUCUGGCGACUGCAUUUGCGCCGUUUGGGACUGUUAUCAGCGCCAAGGUGUAUAUGGACAAGAUUACGAGCGAGAGCAAAGGCUUUGGCUUCGUGAGUUAUGACAGUGCGGACGCUGCCGACGCGGCCAUUGCUAGCAUGAACGGAUUCCAGAUCGGUACCAAGCGGCUUAAGGUGCAGCACAAGCGCAUCCAUCAGAGAAGCGACUACCUUGGCGGUGGCUCCGGCAGCAGCCUCGGUGGUCAGGAAGAUGAGAUGGGGAGCAUUGAGUACCACCACCAGUCGCACCAGGGCAUCCAUGGAUUGGAUGACAGUCUGCACUCGCACAGUGAUGAUAGCGAUGCGAUAUCUCCGAGCAAAGCUGCAGAAGGCAACAACGGCGUCGACACGUCACUAGGCGAGGCCGUGCAGAACCUGCACAUUGAUGCGUAA